AUGGCCGACAAUUCAACAGCCAACGGUAGCGCUAAUAGCACUGUGAAGGAAGAAGAUAUGCUGAAAAGGAAUAUCGAGGAUGUGUCUAAUGACAGAGAUAAUGUAAAAAGAGCCUCAAACUAUCGGCCUGUGAUAGUUCCAGCCUGUGCUCCUAAAAUUCACUACUCUCUUUUAAAGACUGGAUUAUGCUACGACGUGCGGAUGAGAUAUCACGCUAAAAUCUACACCUCAUACUUUGAAUACAUUGAUCCACAUCCAGAGGACCCGCGGAGAAUCUAUCGUAUAUACAAGAUUUUGGCGGAAAAUGGUUUGGUCGACGAUCCAACCCUGAGUGGCGUCGACGACAUAGGGAACCUUAUGGUCAAAAUUCCUGUACGUGAAGCUACUGAUGAAGAGAUUUUACAAGUUCAUACUCCAGAGCACCUGAAAUUCAUCUCGAAAACAACUAACAUGACCCGAGAGCAAUUACUGAAAGAAACCGAAGGGGGUGAUUCCGUGUAUUUCAACAAUGACUCCUACCUGAGUGCGAGACUUUCGUGCGGAGGAGCAAUUGAGGCGUGUAAAGCGGUCGUCGAAGGACGAGUAAAGAACGCCCUAGCAGUUGUCCGUCCACCAGGCCAUCAUGCAGAACCAGAAGUAGCAGGUGGCUUCUGUUUGUUCAGUAACGUUGCAGUUGCUGCUCAAAAUAUAUUAAAAAAUUAUCCAGAGAGUGUUCGUCGAAUUAUGGUCCUCGAUUGGGACAUUCACCAUGGUAACGGAACCCAAAAAGCAUUUUACAAUGAUGACCGAGUGCUUUACGUCUCAUUGCAUAGGUACGAACUUGGUAAGUAUUAUCCUGGAACAAUUCACGGUAAUUAUGAUCAGACUGGAGAAGGAAAGGGUGAAGGAUUUAAUUGCAAUAUUCCAUGGUCCUGCGGAGGUGUUGGCGAUGCAGAGUACAUCUGGGCCUUCGAGCAAGUAGUAAUCCCAAUGGGACGGGAAUUUCAGCCUGAUCUAGUGAUUAUAUCAUCUGGAUUUGAUGCGGCAGACGGAGACACAAUCGGUCAGUGUCAUGUCACACCAAGCUGCUACGGUCACAUGACGCAUAUGCUUAAAUCCUUGGCUCAAGGUAACCUUUGCGUGGUGCUUGAAGGUGGAUAUAAUCUAGAUUCGAUCGCAAAGAGUGCACUAAGAGUGGCAAAAGUUCUCAUUGGAGAGCCUCCAGAGGAACUUCCAAACCCAACAAAGCAAGUAAAACCCGAAGCUAUAGAAACUAUAGAAACCGUGAUACAAACGCAAUCCAAGUAUUGGAAAUGUUUCAAACGUACGCAUGCAAAUGAUGGCUGUAACUUCCAGGAGAAAGUGACUGAAACGAGCUCUACUAAAAAUUUCCCACUUCAGCAUGCCAUACGCCAGGAACAGUUGCAAAUGUUGACAGACGAAUUUAAAUAUCUCACGUUACCGUUAUUGAAGAUGGAUUUGCCGAAAGAAACUGUAAUCUGUUCACCUAAUAUCUAUGAUUCCGAGGCAAUAAUUAUCUGUGUACAUGAUACUCCCGGGAUUUGGGCCCAAAGAAAUCGGUUAACAGGUACGAUCGAUCCUUCGACAUCAAUUAUAGUCGACAACGCUAUAGAUUUCAUCAAAUGGGCCAAUAGCAGAAAGUAUGGGGUGAUAGAUGUCAACAUACCUCAAUCAUUGUUAGAACAAGACAACUACUCUGCUGUGAUUACUGCCCAGGAGGUCGUUACAUUUCUCUGGGACAAUUACUUAAAGUACUUCCCUUCAUUAUUGAAAGUGGCUUUUAUUGGUAUUGGUGAUGCACACAGUGGUAUAGUUCAUUUACUAGGACACAGAGAUACCCGCAAUGUUGUAAAGGCAGCUAUAUCAUUUGUUGACAAUAGACCAUUGAAAUCUCUAGUGCCACUAGUAGACGAAUCACUGGGUGAUUGGUAUUUCAAAAACUCUCUAAUAUUCGCCAGCACCGACCAUCCAUGCUGGGGCACAGAUGGAAAUGAUAAUAAGAAGCCAAGGAAGAAAUUUGGUAGAGUACUUAAGUGCGAAACCGACGGCAUGAAUAAUAUAAUUGAGGAACGAUUUGAGGAGUCUACUGAUUUUAUAUUAGACUCAUUUGAGGAAUGGAGUGAUAGCGAAUAG